AUGCGACCCCGCUCCAGACUCCUGGCUAAGAGGUGCCUGCCCACCAUCAGGGAGGGCUAUGAGGAGCUGGUCCAAGACAUGAACCAGGCCAACAGCCGCCACCUCCCUCCCCAUGGUCAGGCGCACUCACUGUCUACCCAUGACUACUUCCUGUCCAUCUGCCAGCUCGCCCGACCAACCUUCCCCCAGGGCGAACCUGACUGUGACAUCCUCACGGUGGGCGCUCUGGCCUCCCUGAGGCUGCACAGACUGAGUGACCGUGUGCCACCCUGUCAGCCUCUGAUCUCUAAGGUCAGCCGCCACACACAGUCAGAGCAGGAGGAGAGUCAGAAUGAGUGUAGUGGCCCAGAGAGAGUGGUGGAUGUCAGUUCACGUCAGACCUCCAGUAGGGUUGUCCCCAGUGUCUCUGACCCUCUGGAGUUCCUCUAUGGUCACAGGGAAGGACUCCUCUCAGCCGCCUGUCGCGCCCAUGACUCACAGGGCUGGAUGGGCGAAGGGAGUCAGAGUGCGACCCAGCGUCGACCACGACCCCCGGUAUGUGCCGACAGUUUCCCCCGCAUGUGUUCCUCGCCCGUGACCCAGUGCAAAAGCAGCUGCUGUGAUCUAUGGCUGGUGGACCCUACUGACCAAAAGAAGCCAAACCCUGACCCUGCUCCACCACAGACAUCCUCAUCAGACCAGCAGAAACCUGGUGCCUCCAGCUCAUUCUCAUGGAUGUUCCAGAAUGACCCAGACAGGGCACCUGCAGGUGAGAGGGGGAAGUGCACUCGCUACAUGGACAAUCACACAAUGGUGUCACACUGGAUCGCUGACUGUCGCUCGGCCUGGAGAGAAGCCAGAGUCAGGGCGUGCAUGCUUCCUGCCAUCGCAGAGAUGUAAACUUGUGUAGCGUUGUUAAUCCCCACUUUUAAGUACUGUACAUUAUGGAUCCUUGAUGUACUUAUGUACCGCUUAAUUGGUACAUUUGGACAAUGCAGGUCCAUAUAGUAACAUGUAAAAAUUGCAUUUUCA